GUGUAGGUGCAAGACAUUAAAACGAAUCUGAGUACACGAAGACCCUCCACGGCUCUGCAUCUGCUGAGCACAACAACAAAUUCAGAGUACACUGUCGGCUGGAAACUAUUUACGCAAAUGAAAAAUGAUUAACCCACUCUCACUAUCACUCGCAUCUCAUAUCUCUUCUGCUAACCUAAGCCUCCCCAACGAACCCUUUUCGCUAACCUAAGCCCCGUGCAUUUUUCACCAUCAUGCCAUCCCUCAAACUCUCUAUGCUCUCCUCUGUUUACGCCUUGCCCUAUAAAUGGGCGCGCACAAUAACAACAACCACCACCACCACCACCACCACUAGCUCCGCCGCCGUCACCAGAGCCAGAAUACAGGGCCGAUCGGUGGUUCUGAAUAUCAGCCAUCAAGGGAUAAUACAGGCGGCGUGGAGGAUAAAGCCGUGCGCACCCCUCAUCCUCCCGGCGCACGAUAAGGCCCCGUAUAGGAAGUUAGGGUUUCGUGGUCAGAAUUCGUUUUAUUCUUCCGAAGACAGAGGAGUAGGGUCUGGUGGUGUAAUGACUGACAUGGGUUCAGAGAAUAAUGGCGAUCAAUGGCCGCCGGAGGAGAACCACAACCACCACCACCACCGCCAACCGCCACCACAAGAGUCCACAAAAUUGCUCACAUUGCCCACUGUCUUGACCAUUAGCCGCGUCGCCGCCGUUCCGCUUCUCGUUGGCACUUUUUACGUGAAUAGUUGGUGGGGAACAACUGCUACAACAAGUAUUUUCAUUGCUGCAGCAAUUACAGAUUGGCUUGAUGGGUACAUCGCUCGGAAGAUGAGGUUAGGAAGUGCAUUUGGUGCAUUUUUAGAUCCAGUGGCUGAUAAGCUUAUGGUUGCUGCCACCUUGGUCUUAUUGUGUACCAGACCCUUUGAAGUUCCCAUGUUUGGACAAGUGCCAUGGCUACUGACUGUACCUGCAAUUGCAAUAAUUGGUAGAGAG